AUGGCAUUCGUUGGUCAUAUGGUGUCCAAGAAAGGGAUUAUGAUUGAUCCACAGAAGAUUGAGGCUGUAAAGGGUUGGGAGAGGCCCACUACUAUUACCGAAAUUCAUAGUUUUGUGGGUUUAGCUAGUUACUACAGUCAUUUUGUGAAGGGCUUCGCAGCCAUUGCUUCGUCCUUGACCAGAUUGACACAAAAGGAUGAGGGUAGAGUGAUAGCUUAUGCUUCUCGUCGGUUGAAAGUUCACGAGAAGAAUUACCCUACCUAUGAUUUGGAGUUAUUGGCCGUAGUGUUCGCCUUGAAGCUUUAG